UCCGGGCAACUAACUACAAAACAUGGCUGCCGUCUGACUGCAGUUAUCCAUGUUAUUGAUGUCAAGAUGAAGAUUGACAGGUCAAAGUUGAAGAAGUCUUCAACUGAAGUGCCUGCCGAUUGCAGAACUUUGAUAGAAAAGUUGAAAUCCUCAGAGGAUGAUCUUCUUGCUGAACUCCGUACCGUGAAAACAUGGACCUUUGGAAAGUGUGAAUUGUAUCACUGGUCUGAUAUACUUGACCUGUUUGAUGAUGUAUUGGAAAAGGCCUGUAAGAAGGAGACUGAGAAGAAAUGGACUCUUGCUUGUGAUGUCUCUGGAAAUGAAAAGCUCAAAACCCUCCUGUUGGAGGUGUUGCGGUUCACAGCCCUACUCAUUGAGCACAGCUUCUCCCGUCACUUGUACAACUCCAUGGAGCAUCUCACCACAUUGUUGGCCUCCUGUGACAUGACAGUUGUGCUUGGUGUUCUAAAUCUACUCUAUGUAUUCAGCAAAAGGUCCAACUUCAUUACACGUUUGAAUCCAGAUAAGAAACAAGCAUUGGUUGUGAGACUGACACAUCUAGCCGAGAGUUGGGGAGGAAAGGAAAAUGGAUUUGGACUUGCAGAAUGUUGCAAGAAUUUGGCUUUGAGUAACUUUCCUCCAAGUGCAACCACUUUACAUUUUGAAUUCUACACAGAAAAUAAAGAUGAAAAGUCUGGAAAAAAGGGUUCCUCAAAUUCAAUUCAGAGUAUUCACAUGGACAAUGUUGACAAGGCUGCUUCUCUCCCAUCAACCAUCAUGGAACAACUGGAGAACUACAGUAUACCUGCAGAUAAACAGGUUCUGCUGUACACUCACAUACGCCUGGCCCAUCUGUUCUCCAACUAUGAGGCCCGAGUGCAGUGUGUUCAGGCCAGACUUCAAGCUAUUGCUAUACUGGUGUACUCAAAUGCUAUUCAAGAAAACAUGAAUGUGAUCCUAUAUCCAGGCCUCAUAGAGGAGCUUGUUGAUAUUGUGGAACUCAAAGAAACCAACCUGGUGGACAUCAAAGCUGCUGCUUUGAGGACAUUGACAUCUAUCAUACACCUUGAGAGAAAUCCAAAGUUCUGCUGUACACUCACAACACUCUGGCUCCAUCUGUUCUCCAACUAUGAGGCCCGAAAAAGCAACCCUGAAAUGGAUGCUUUUCCCCAGCAGUAUGCCACGGCCCUGUUUUCCUUCCUCUACCAUCUAGCCAGCUACGAGAAUGGUGUUGAAGCAUUGGUGUCUUGUGGGAUGAUGGAAGCAUUACUGAAAGUCAUCAACUGGUAUGGAGAGGGACAAGAGCACAUAACAUUUGUGACACGAGCUGUACGAGUGAUUGAUCUCAUCACAAACCUGGACAUGGCUGCUUUUCAGGCUCAUGGAGGACUUCUUGCAUUUAUCAACAGACUAGAGAAUGAAGUAAGCAUCUGCAGAAAGGAACAGCCAUUUGUAAUCCGACCAACCCGUCGUGAAGCCAGCAUUGACUCUCAACCCGAAUCCCCCCCUGCCCCGAUGGAGACCGACAUGACCCAGAGCAGUGACAGUAUUAACGCUGGAGCGUCAACGUCACUCCCAGCACCUGUAGCCCAGCCAGCAGAACCAGCUGAGCCAGAAGUGCCAGAAGUGCCAAAGUCAGGUGUGCAGUGUUUCCCACAGCGAGCUGCUCUACUCAAGUCCAUGUUGAACUUCCUGAAGAAGGCCAUUCCAGACACAGCUUUUGCAGAAAGCAUUAGACAUUUAAUGGAUGGAUCUCUGCCUAAAUCCUUGAAGCAUAUUAUCAGCAAUGCUGAAUACUAUGGACCCUCACUCUUUCUGCUGGCAACUGAUGUUGUGACAGUUUACGUCUUUCAAGAACCCUCUCUUCUAUCAUCACUACAAGACAAUGGCCUCACUGAUGUGGUGCUCAAUGCCCUGCUUAUCAAAGAUGUUCCAGCAACUCGGGAGGUAUUAGCAUCCUUGCCAAAUGUAUUCAGUGCUCUGUGUCUGAACACUCGAGGUCUGGAAGCUUUUGUGGAGUGUCGUCCAUUUGACAGACUUUUCAAGGUGCUUUUAUCCCCAGACUAUCUACCAGCCAUGAGACGGAGACGAAGCUCAGACCCUUUUGGGGAUACUGCCAGUAAUUUGGGCAAUGCUAUGGAUGAGUUGAUGAGGCAUCAGCCAUCUCUCAGGACAGAUGCUACCAAAGCAAUUAUCAAGCUUUUGGAAGAAGUCUGUGCCAUGGGAAGAGACACAAAGUACAUCUGUCAAAAGCAGCAGCCCAAGGCAGAACAGAACAUGGCGUUGUCAAUCCGUUCUCCUCAGCCAGCAGACACAGGGUCAUCUGACGAGGAUGAAGAGGAGGAGGAACUGCCCAGCACAGCCAGUCAGAGUACAUCAGCCAAACCAGCUCUCUCACCCACACAGGACUCUAUGCAAAGCUUGUCUGCUUCACCUGACAGGCAGGCCAUUCCUCUUAUGGAUUAUGUUCUUAAUGUGAUGAAAUUUGUUGAGGCCAUUUUAAGUAACAACUCGACAGAUGACCACUGUCGUGAGUUUGUCUCACAGAAGGGUCUCCUCCCACUCAUGGGCAUCUUGGGACUGCCAAAUCUUCCCAUUGACUUCCCUGCUUCACCUGCAUGCCAGGCUGUUGCAAGUGUCUGCAAGGCUAUUCUUAGCUUGUCAAGAGAACCCCAAGUGUUGAAGCAAGGAUUGCUUCAUCUAAAUGAAGUGCUACAAAAAUUGGAGCCUCUACACAAGCCCUUGGACCCUCCAGGAGGCUCUGUGUUGCUACGGGAACUGGCCAGCGUUGCUAACAUCCCUGAUGCCACCCUGUCCCCCCAGGCCACGCCCCUCCUCCAUGCCCUGUCGGCAGCGCAUGCUUACAUCAUGAUGUUUGUACAUGUGUGCAGGAUGGGGCAGAUUGACAUCAGAACCAUAUCCGUGAACCACUGGGGAUCAGAGCUGGGACAGCAGGUCUUGAAGGGUCUGAGUCGCUACACCUCGCUGGUGUGGGAGAGCACUGUGCUUCUGGCUCUCUGCAGUGAGGACAUUUUGCCUCCAGGAUGUGAGUUCGGUAAGGAGGAUAUGGACAAGAUUCUUCCAAAGGAUCAGAAAGGUGAUAAGGAUGGUAAAGAAGGAGAGGAGGGUUUGACGAGGAGUGUUGGAGAAAUGGGCAGUAAUGGGGUCAGUGCUGCUAUGGAAUCUCUUACCACAUCGGAAACCCCUGAAACUCCCAUGGAAGUUGUGUCUGAUUCUGCUUCUUCAUCAGACAAGGACCAGAAAAAGUCCAAACUGUCACCUACACUUCAGGCUCAGAUCAAACAGCUGAAGCCAUUGUUAUCUGUGUCCUCCAGACUUGGACGAGCUCUUGCUGAGCUGUUUGGACUCCUGGUCAAGUUGUGCGUUGGAACACCAGUACGACAGAGACGGAGUCAUCAGACUCCACCUACUCCAACCACUCCCACACCAGCUGCUCAGGUUGUUGCAAAGGCGCUAACCAAACUUUUGGCAAAUGGCCUGUCAUGGAAUCCGCCCCCACAUGCACCAGUACCAAAGCUAAGGCUAACAUUCCUUGUAUGUUCUGUUGGAUUUACGUCACCAAUGUUGUUUGAUGAGAAGAAACAACCAUACCAUCUUAUGCUACAGAAGUUUGUCUCUUCAGGGGGACAAGAUGCUCUAUUUCAGGCCUUCUCAUGGGCAUUGUCUAUGAAUGGAAAAGUUCCAUUGGUGGAUGGUUUAGAACAUCCUGAUCUCCCAGAUGGAUCUGGAGAGUUCAUAGAUGCAUGGCUGAUGCUGGUGGAGAAGAUGGUCAACCCAAAGACAGUGCUAGAAUCUCCACACACUCUUCCAACAAAGUCAACACAACCAGGGUUCGCUCCCUUUAGUCCUGUACAGUAUCUCAUCAGCACACAGAAGGCUGCUUUCAAUGCUGUGAUGAACCUUUGGAACAAGAAGCCAAUUAAAGUAUAUGGCAGUCGGAUGUCGGAAUCCAUUCUGGCAAUUCUGUGUCACAUCAUCAAGGGAGAAGGAAUCAUCAAGGAGUACCUUGCUAAGGAAAAGGAUGAGAGUGCAGCUGCCACCCCAGGUGCACAGACACCCUCCCCUGCUAGUUCUAUAGCUAACAACAUGGCUGCUGCCGGGCCAUCUGUCCCAGUCCCAGUCAGGCAGGAACCAGAAGUCAACCAGGCACAUCUCCAGCAGUUGAUGGACAUGGGCUUCACACGAGAGCACUGUAUGGAUGCACUGCUACACACGACCAGCCUGGAACAAGCUACCGACUACCUCCUGAAUCACCCUCCUCCUGCACUGCAGGUUCCGGGUCUUGGUAUGGACAUGGACAUGUCUGAAGAGGACCAGAUGAUGCGUGCAAUAGCAAUGUCUCUAGGGGAAAAUGUAGUCAUGUCCACUGACCAGGAAGAGCCAAAGAAAGAGGAAAAGAAAGAGGAAGAAGAUGAAGAGCAAGAAAAACAGGAGUUGGAGGAACCUUUGGAUAAAUCUGUAUUAGACAGUUUCACACAAAGUGUUGUAACAGGGUGUUUGCAGUUACUAGACACAUUACCAGAAACAGUGUACCGUGUGUGUGAUCUGAUGAUUGUGAUAACACAGAGAAAUGGCCAUGCAUGGCGGGAUGAAUCGCUAGCUACGCUUGUACAACAGGUGUUCUGUCUGGCCCAUCAACUCCUGGCUCAACUCUCUGAGGGAAUCUGUGUGAAGGACUCAGUGGAUAAAGUCUCUAGUGAAUCCAGUGCAUCCCAGCUGGCAAACAGACUUCAUCUUCUCAGUUUGUUGUUUGAGGAGAUGAUGAUGCCUUGUGCGGAAGCUGUUGAAAAUGGCAAAUUCCUUGACUUGCUGAUCCAAGUGUUGAAUGAAGGACAGGAGUACCUCAGUAAUCUUAAAGAUCCUUCAACUCCAAAGUGGAUGGCUCCGCUGCUGCUUCUUCUUGACCUGUUUGAAAAAGUGUCUGUGAUAUCUAAGAGGAAGUCAGAAGCUAUGAGCCUCAUUGCUAAUAGUCACACCUGGAAAUGGUUUGACGACAGCAGUGGGAGAUGGUGUAAAUAUAGUGUAGGCAACAACAAAACUAUUGAUGAUGCAUACAGAAAUGGAGACAGCAAUGUCAGAUUCCAAGCUGGGAGGCGGAGAUACACUGUACAGUUCAGCUCUCUUGUCCAGGUAAAUGAAGAGACUGGCAACAGGAGACCGAUAAUGCUGUCCUUCCCAACAGCAGAAGAAAAACCUUCCACAAAAGAUGAACCAAAAGACAACAAAAACAAUGCAGAAACAUCUGGAGAGACAACAAAGGCUCCUGAGGAUACAAAGAUGGAGACAGAAACUGUAGAUGAAAAGGAGAAGCAACAGAAGAUAGUAGUCCAAGGUUUUACAGAUGAACAAAUCACCAGCAUAAUAAAAUCAGUUGUCUCUUUACUAAGUGUCCCUGUUGAUCCAGACACUCUACAUGCGUCGUUGAGACUCAUGCUUCGAUUGACCAGAGAACACAAGCAUGCUGUGCAUUUUGCUGAACUUGGUGGACCUAAAAUCCUUCUGAAUUUGACACAGGCCUCAGCUUUUCAAGGAUUUGUCUCUCUGGCAACUCUUCUCUUCAGGCAUAUAUUGGAGGAACCGUCCUCUCUCAAGUACUGUAUGGAAAAGGUGAUGCGAAAUGCUUGCAGUGGAAUAGGAUCAAGUGCUUGUGGAGUUGCCAAUGGAAGUAUCGGGUCCAAGGAGAUGCAUUAUGUGAUGAGAGUGUUGGGCCCCGCUGGAUGUAGGAACCCAAGUCUGUGCGAAGUAGCAAGGAAUACACUACAGAUAGCAUUGCCUCCACCUGGCAAGAUUAUCAGAGAUGAGGAUGAGAAUCGGUACACAGCCCCAAAUGCACCACAGAUCCUGAAAUGCUCCCCUACCAAACAGCUUUCGUUUGCCAUCAACCAGACAGUUAAGGAGGUGGUACAUGAUCUCUUGAAUGCCCUUAUCGUGAAGUACACAUGGAAAGUAGAUGAAAAUACGUCCAGUUCUGAAGUUCGACCAGCUCAGACCUUAGCAGAAGCUAUCCAGGAGGUUGUGAAUGAAGUUGCCAGGGAGUUGAAUGAAAGGCAGCAGCAGGCCAUGGUCCGACAAAACAGCUCCGCAGAAGUGCCUCAAAGCACUGAUGAAGGAGAAUCGAGUCAGGCUGAUGCAAAUGCAGAAAGUUCCACAUCCAAAGAACAGAAAGAUACAAAAACAGCAGAAGAUAUACGAAAACAACGUCCUCUGCUGCCAAAGUCGGCGAUCUUGCGUCUUUUGUCAGAGAUCAUUAAGUCUUAUGGCAACUGCACACAGCUGAUCACCCAGUAUACAUAUCAUUCAGGGCAGACAGAAAUGGUGUCAGAGGAAUGCAGUGUGUUAGCUUUUGUUCUGGACAACUUGUUACCCCAAUGCCAAGCAUCUGGUGAUAGAGACUGUCCAAGUUUGUCGCGAGUGUUUAUUGCCAGCAUCGCUUCCUGCAAUCACAGCCCAGAAGCUCAGAACUCCCUCGUGGUAGAAAUCAAGGGAGCUCUACAGAGAGCUCUUGCAAUACCAGAGAGUUCGGAAAAACAUUCCCGCCUUCAGGCCCUCACUGGAAUAAUAAGUACUAUCAUAGAGGCUUGUCCGAGCCCUGGGCAAGUACCUAAUCAAGUGUUCAAGGGCCAGCAAACUGUGAUGAACAAUAUGGUGAAAAUACUUAUUAAAAAGGGACUAGUAACAGAUUUGGCUCGGAUACCCCAUAAUUUGGAUCUGUCUAGUCCGUACAUGGCCCAGACUAUUAAUUCUGCACUGAAGCCACUUGAGACCCUAUCAAGAAGUGUCAAUCAGCCCUUGCAGAGCGUCACAGCCAAGCCCAAAACACCUGAUGAUGGCUCAGGACCACCUAAUAUGGGCGGGACAACCAUUGCGGCUAAUAACAAUCAGCCAGAUGCCCAAAGUGUAGAAGAUAAUCUUGCGGGUGAAGCUGAGAACAAUGUGACAAUAGAAGAUGUGACUGACCAUCCUCUUGACCUGGAUGAUCUGGAAGAAACAUGCACCCAUGAUGCUGUGGAGCCAGAUCUUGAUAGUCAAAGUCGGGGUGGCAACCUUCUGGAUCAAGUGUUGGACCAGUUCCUAAACAGAGGCCCAGGACAACCUGAGAAUGAAAUUCUAGGAGAUAUCACAAUGGGCACAGUGGAGGAGCCAAGUCAGGCAUCACACAAUGAGGAUGAAUCUCCACGAGUGAUAAUCAAUGUAGAGGUUGAGACCGACGACAUUGAUCAGCAUGAUUCUCAGAUGGUCACCCAGGAGAUAUCUGAUGUUGAGGAUGAUGCAGAUGACCAUGUUCAAGAUGACGGUCCAGAGGAAGGAUCUCCUGACAGUGCUUCGGAAGGUGAUGAUGAUGACAACGAUGAUGCUGAUAAUGAUGAUCAUGACGAUGAAGAUGAUGACGAGGAUGAUGAAGAUGAUGAUGAGGGUUCUGACAUGGAUGCUGAUGAAGAUGACUAUCAUGACAUGGACACCACCAUCACUCCUGGCUACGAGGAUGACUUCCUCUUCCACAUGGAUGAUAUGUUUCCAGCCGGAAACUCGACAUACCCCAUGGGUGAGAGUGGCGUCCAGCACAUCUUUUUCAAUGAUAACUCCCAGAUACGAACCUACCAACUGCCUAUUUCUGUUCAUGAUAACGAUAAUGGAAAUGAAGCAAUGCCGUCCCUUCCCCCUGCUCCUAGCAACGUGACAACAGCUCAUCCUUUGUUGAUGCGACAGUCUGACCCCCACACAGUGAUGGGCGUGGCUCGAGUUCAUCGAGGGAACCGGCAACGAGGCUCCUACAGGUUCAAUCCCAACACUCAGACUCUCCAUGUCAACUUGCAGGGCAGUGGUCGACAGCCAAAUCCUCCAGUUAUCUUACAAAGACUCCUUGGCCCAACUACAGCAGCGGACAUCCUACAGCUAACCAACACCCUCACAACACAAGCUGGGGGACCUACACACACCAGGGUUGUCCUGGCCAAUGAUGACUUGAGGAUUAUCUCCAGGCCUGAGGAAGAUCUCUUUGAAGAGCUAUUCCAGGACCCGUUUCCCGAGAGUGGCUCUGCAGGCUCCGGUGUCCUGUCUUGUGUGCCGUCUACACUGACUCGCUGGACAGAAGAGACCAAGGUCUUGGAUGGAGACAGUGUCCACAACUGUCUCAUGACGGUGAAACCUAGCAUCAUUGAGAGUUUGAUUAAGGCCAGAGAUGAUGAGUUGACUGAGAGGAGAGAGAAGAGGAAGAAAGCAGCAGAGGAAGAUGCAGCCAAGAAGGAGAAGGAAAAACAGAACAAGCCCGACGAGGCUGGCCAGAUUGACAGUUCGUCUGGGACAUCCUCCAGUGUGACAACAUCGGGAGCAGUUAGUGCCGCCAACACUCUGUGCAUCACCCCAGUUGUCCCCAGCCACACGUCCACUCCAAACCCACCACCGCCACCACCAGUCACUACAACUACUGAGAAUCUCUCACGGCAAAUUAGUGUCAGUGAGGCAGUGGCAGCAGCAGAGAGACUUGCUUCAGCAAUGGUGGAGGAGGUUCUUGCCCCAGCCAUCACCACCACCGCGGCAUCUUUACCAAGUGGACAGACCGCAGUUACUCCCAGUGUCACCCAGGCUGCAGUGUCCACCACAGCUCAUGCUGAGCUCACUGACCACCUUCUAGCUGGACAGGGCUUAGCUGCAGAUACCAUCAUGCCGGCCAGUCAGCCUGUCCCCCCUCACAACACCCUCAGCACCACGCAGGCAUCACAUGCAUUUCAUGCUAGGGCUGGAGAUCUGCCAACUUCUAAUCUGGCUUCCCUGUUGCUAUUUGACGAUUCUGUCAUGGAGGCUACCAGCUCUUCCGCCCUGCCCUUGUUUGGGUUGGGCACCACCCAGGGAGAUGAGGUGGGUCCUACUGCCACCCCCACAUCCAGCUCCGACUCCACAACAGGGGCCCAACCCCAGAGUGACACAGCUGUUACCCCCGAGGAAGUCUCUAACAUUACAAGCUCAGAUGCUGUUACAGUGCAUUCUUCUGCAUCAGGUAGCACAGAAGAACUUGCAACAGCAUCUGGUAUCAACCCUCCGACCACAUCAGGUAGCACUACUUCGCAGACUAGCGUCUCUAGUUCCAUCUUAUCAUCCUUGGCAGAAGCUGCUAACCUAACUAGUACUUCUAGUGCCACUCCAACGACCAUUGCAGCUGCAGCAGACUCUGGUGCGCAGAAUAUGUUCGGGGAGGGUGUAGACCCUUCAUUCUUGGCUGCAUUGCCAGACAACAUCAGACAAGAGGUGAUAGCAGAACAGCUACGUCUUCAACGGAUACAACAGCGAGCACAACAGCAGGCGCAGAACACAGACAGUAUGGGAGCUAUGGAGGUUAACCCAGAGUUCCUGGCAGCUUUGCCGCCUGCCAUCCAGGAAGAGGUGUUGGCUCAGCAGAGGGCAGAACAGGCCCGUCUUGCAGCUCAACAGCAGACGCAAACCAACCCGGAGACACCGGUUGACCCUGCAAGCUUCUUUGCCACUCUGCCCACGUCACUACGACAGCAGGUGUUGGCCGACAUGGACGACAGCAUGUUGGCUGUCCUGCCACCUGACCUGGCAGCUGAGGCUCAGGAGCUGAGGAGGGAGUUCGAGGAGAGGCACCGCAGAAUUGUCCAAGAGAGAAUCUUUGCACAAGCUGGUGCUGCUUCUCUAUCCGCUAUUUUACGACAUUCAGGCCUAGCUGGACGUCUUGGAUCACGCUAUGCAAUCAGGGCAGCCCCUCGAGGAAGCAGAUGGGCUUGGGGGAACAGAUACGGAGGCAGGUAUGCUGCUAGGUAUGGAGCACAGCCUCCUGCCAACAGUGCUGCCAUCAAGCUAAGGGGUCGCCAUCUACUGGACAAUGAAGCACUGACCUGUUUACUUGUCUUACUGUUCUUGGAUGAACCAAAGCUCAACACAUCAAGACUUCAUAGAGUGUUAAGGAAUUUGUGUUAUGAUGGACCAACAAGGACUUGGGUGAUUAGAGCAUUGUUGUCUAUCAUGCAGAAAACGGGUGAGUGCAAGGUCCAUGAAAUUGAGGACAAGAGUGGGCCAUCCAAGACCCCAGAAAAGGGCAAGGCCAAAAAGGUUCAACCAAUGCAAACAGAUUCCCCGGUGGCUUUGAAAAGUGAUGUGCGCAGUCAAGCAUCCUGGUUGUCAAUGAGUCUCGAGGCUGCCUUAGGUUGUCGAGCCAAUGUCUUUCAAAUUCAGCGGAGUGCAGGUAAGAAACACACCAGUCCUCCCAGCUGUAGUGUCAGUAUUCAUAAUCAGGCGGCACCUGUGGUGUGUAGACAUGUGUUAGACACUCUCAUUUCCCUAGCCAAAGUAUUUCCAAGCCAUUUUCUGCCUGCGCCAAAGGCAAAAGAGGUCCAAAAAUGUGAAGAUGAUGGCAAGGAAACGGACAAUAACAAACAGAAACAAAUUGCAAGUGGUGCCUCAAGUCCCAGAGUUGCGAACAAGACUGAGAAGGGGGAGAAAUCUGACGCUAAGCAAGAGAGUAGAUGUGACACCAACUUCUGGGAUUUACUGGUGAGAUUGGACAAUACAAGCGGUAGCAGGAAAGGCAAGGGAAUGCAGAAAGCCCAUAAUUCAAGUGCAUUUGACAGUGAGGACAGUACAGUGUAUAACAGCUCUCCAAUAGGACAUCUCAUGAACAUGCUGUCUCACCCUGUUAUACGGAGGAGUCAGCUGCUCACGGACAGACUCCUCAGACUUCUAGGUCUUGUGUCGAUAGGAUUGCCGGAUUUGUCCCGUGCUAGGGAUGUCCGGACAAGUGCUGUCACCACUACAACAACCAAUUCAAUUGCAACUACAGCUGCAGCAUCUAGUCUGUUGACAGCAACCACGAUAACUACAGCCUCAAGCUCUGCACCUACACCAACAUCAGUAGUUCAACCUUCAGCCCCACCUGCAACAAGUGCAGAAGCUAAGUCAAUAAAGAGCCCUGAAGAAGUGGAAGAAGAAUCUGAGGAUGAGUCACCUAUACUGAAGAAUGAACUGAAUCUAGCUGUACAGGUGCUGACAACCAAGUCAUGUUCUGAGGAAGGUUUAGAAGAUGCUACAAACCUGUUACUACAGUUGUCUUGGGCAAACAAUGCCACACGCAAUGCAGUACUUGAACUCUUGCUGGUUGGUGCAAGGAAACUGGGUCUCACAGUCUGUGCCAAUAUAAGAGGGUUGCUGGUAGAACUUCAGAACCUAAACUCUCACAUAACUGAUGAAGUGUUUGACUCUGAUGACAGUAGAGAUGUUGACGCAAAUGUUGAGAAUAGAGGCAAAGGAAUGCUUCCUGACAGGUUUAUGCCAGGAGUGCAUGUAGUGGUAUCUGCACCCACGAAGAUGAAGAGUGGGAGAGAGCUACAGCUACCCUCAAUGUCUCAGCUCACUUGCAAAACAUCCAGUCAGCAGUUCUUCCUCAGGAUCCUCAAGGUCAUCAUCCAGCUGAGGGAGGCAGCAAGGGUUGCAGCCAAGAAGCAGAAGCGUACAGGCAGGGAACUGGGUAACAUCGCUGAGGCAAUGGCAGCACUAGAAGCAGAGGCUGAGGCUUUCAUGGAAGUAGUCAGUCACAGGAGUAGCACCCCUCUCACGCAGCAGGCUCAGCCACAACAGGCUGCCCCCUCUCAAGUAGACAUGUUGCAAGGGGCAGCCCAGACUGGGGCCAGCGAUGCCCAGCCACCGACCCCCGGGGCAGAGACUCCCAUGGAGGUGGAUCAGCCAGGUUCCUCAAAGGAGGAGAAGGACAAGAAGAAUGAGGAGACAGCAGCUCCACUACCUCGCUUGAGUGAACAACUGUCACUGGAAGAGUUGUGGCAGACUCUUGGGGAUUGCUUGUCUGAGCUGGCUAAAACACCAGACCAGCAUGCUGUGCUUAUACUGCAGCCAGCUGUGGAGGCCUUCUUCAUUGUACAUGCAGGUGAGAAGGAAGUGAAACCUGUGGAGACGCAUCCUCGUCGUGAGGAUCAGCUGGCACAUCUGAAUGCAGAGAUGGCACCUCCUUCCCCAUCGGCCAGCAAUAACCCAGCAGCCAGUGCUGAGGCAAGCAUGCCUCUCACCAGGGAGAACUCCGUCGCAUCUGUCUCUUCCCUGGCACAUCUACCACCUGAUGCUCAGAAGUUCCUCAGGUUUGCUGAAACUCACAGAACUGUUCUGAAUCAAAUCUUGCGACAGUCAACGACCCCAUUGGCUGAUGGUCCAUUCAGUGUCCUUGUGGACCACACACGAAUCUUAGACUUUGAUGUGAAGAGAAGAUACUUCCGCCAGGAGCUUGAGAGGUUGGAUGAGGGCUUGAGGCGUGAAGAUCUUCCAGUUCAUGUCCGCAGGGAAAAUGUCUUCGAGGACUCUUUCAGAGAGCUUUUCCGCAGGUCACCAGAAGAGUGGAAACAGAGAUUCUACAUUGUGUUUGAAGGGGAGGAAGGCCAGGAUGCUGGAGGCCUGUUGAGAGAAUGGUACCUGAUCAUCUCCAGAGAAAUCUUCAAUCCUAACUAUGCAUUAUUCAAGACCUCUCCAGGGGACAGAGUCACCUACACUAUCAAUCCGUCUUCUCACUGCAAUUCUAACCAUCUCAGCUACUUCAAAUUUGUUGGCCGCAUCAUUGCGAAGGCUGUGUAUGACAACAAGCUUCUAGAGUGCUACUUCACUAGGUCCUUCUACAAACAUCUACUUGGACAGCCAGUCAAAUACACAGACAUGGAGAGUGAAGAUUAUGCCUUUUACCAGGGUCUGGUCUUCUUGUUAGAGCAUGGUGUUGCCGAUCUUGGCUAUGAUCUCACAUUUGCCACAGAGAUAAUGGAGUUUGGUGUGAUGGAGACAAGGGAUAUUAUCCCAAAUGGACGAAAUGUGCCUGUGUCUGAGGAAAACAAACGAGAGUAUGUGAAGCUUGUGUGUCAGAUGAAGAUGACGGGAGCCAUUCGGAAACAGCUCAACGCCUUCCUGGAAGGCUUCUAUGACAUCAUUCCCAAGAAAUUGGUUUCAAUCUUCAACGAGCAGGAACUGGAGCUGCUCAUCUCAGGGCUGCCAACUGUUGACAUAGAUGACCUUAAGGCCAAUUCAGAAUACCAUAAAUAUCAACCGAACUCCCUACAGAUUCAGUGGUUCUGGCGAGCUCUGCGUUCAUUUGAUCAAGCAGAAAGGGCCAACUUCCUGCAGUUUGUGACUGGCACUUCUAAGGUCCCACUUCAAGGUUUUGCCUUCCUGGAGGGAAUGAACGGCAUACAGAAAUUUCAGAUCCACCGAGAUGACCGAUCCACAGACAGACUUCCAACUGCACACACUUGCUUCAACCAGUUGGAUCUUCCAGCCUAUGAGACAUACGACAAACUGAGACAUAUGUUGCUGUUGGCUGUUAGCGAGUGUUCAGAAGGAUUCGGCCUUGCUUGAUUGAGUACCUAGGUUAAGUUGUACUGGUUCAGCAUCUGAAGGGUCAACAUGGAUGAAAGCAGUAAGACUGUCAAUUGUUACCCCUUCAGAAUGGAACGCUGAGACAAGAUACCUUCUACUUAAUCCCACAUUUGCUAUUUAUUAUGAUCGUGGUUCAUAUUGUUGAAAGACAAAUUGACAUAGUUUAUUGUAUUUAAAUAUUUUGCAACAGCAAAGAAAUGAUUGUAUAAAAUAUGGUACAAAAGUACAUAGAGCCUUUGAAAAAGUGUAUUGCCUUUUGUGAUUUUAUACUGUGUAUAUAGAGAGAAUGGACAUGGAUGUGAUAUGAAAAUAGUAGAAUUUAUGCACAGUUUAUUUGGGAGAUAUUAUUUUGUUCUGCCCACUUGAGAAAACACAAAGUCCUUCCUUUGUUUUGAUGUGAUUUCCAUCCACAGGUUCUUGGCAUUGUUUGUAUUUAUGAGUUUAAUUUUCUUUUGCUUGUACACGCCGACGUGAAUUGUGUGAAAUAUGUUGUUUAAAGUUCUGAACAGAGGUUACUGCUCAAACUGUCAGUAUCAGUUAGAUGUGAAUUACCUUUCCCUGAAAUGACAUAUUUUAGACAUAUCUAUCAAAGCAUUAUUUACUUUGUAACAUGUACAGUACAUGUAAGUCCCACUAAUGUCAUAUUCAAAACAUUUUGCACCUUCAAGAUUUCAAAGACAUUACAUUAUUUACUGUUGUGGCACACACUUAUCACCAAUAUAAUUCACUGCCAGAGGGAAUUACAGAUAUUGCUUAAGUUACUAUAUCGGUUUCUGUAAAAUGUACCAAUAGACAAGGUGGUUUCAACAUAAUGUAAGGGGGGUGGUUCCUCAUGUAAUUCUUUAAUACCACCUUAAGACUAUGAAAAACAGUGUAAUCUUUGGAAGAUCAUGUAUAAUGUUAUUCACCCAAUACUGACUGCAAAGCAUCAAAGUGCGUUCUGCAGUUCUGCAGCGCUCUGCACCCAUCUGAGAAUUCCACUUUCUAGUACUGUUCAGAGACAACUUAUGAUGGUGUCAUUUUGGACACACUAUGAAGGAAGAUAAUAUGUUACUUUGUUGACAUGUUAAGUUGUUUGCGCACCUCUUAUGGAGACGCGUAGAGUACGGUGAGAGUGACUUGAUGGCACAGACUUGAAUGUGACUUUAUUCAAUGGAUGUAAAUGGCAUCACUAUUUAUGGCUGAAGAGGAGCCGUGAGGAGAAAGAUUUUUAUUGUAUGCUUGAACAAAUGAUGUCGAGAGUUCCAUAUGGUGUAUAAUUUAUUGAUGUUUUAAUCUGAAAAAUCCCCGCAAUUGUUUGAAAACAGGAAUGUGAAAUACUUCCGAAGGGGGCUGCGCUACAAACUGUAAUUUGUAGACAGAAUGUUUCAGAUUUCUUCAGUUUCAAUGUACUAAUUGUCCACAUGUAUGUAAGUCAAUAAUGAUUAGAAUAUUAUGACUUCAUGUUACUGGUUGUAAUCUUUACCAGCUGUGUACAGCCUUGAUAAUGAACCUGUUAUGUAUAUUUCUCAGUCAUGUCCGUAGCACAAAAUGACAAAUGCAAGCAUUUGAAAUAAAUAAUUAAUUUGCAUUCUGAAAUUGUAAAGUCAAAUAACAAGGCAUAAACUGAGAAAUAAAACUACAGUUCCAAA